AUGGUGUUUGUGUUGAUCUCCUGUAUCCUGUGGGGGGGAUCACUAAGUGUGGAGAUUAGGGAUGGAGAGCAGAGCUAUCCCCCAGAGACUGUGAAAGCUUUUAAGGGGCUGAUGGACGCAGAUGCCCGGGUUAACCCGUGGCUGGUCAACACCAGCAUGGUCUCUGUCUGUAACAACCCUGUCCUGCCACAGGCCUUAUAUCCACUGUGCCAUGGCAAAGGGGCUGCCAUGGUCUUCUCCAGGCUAGCGGAUGCCAUCACGCCUCCAGAUCCUUGUGAAAUAUGUGUCCACCCCGCCUGCUUUGGGUGUAAGACUGCCAGACUGCCACCAAGACCGUAAGACUGCCACCAUCUGUUACACACACACCUCUGAAGCUCUCCUAUUUACACCACACAUCUUCACCUUCUCCAGAUCUCCAGAUAUGAAGUUGUUUGAGCUGUAUGGUCAGAAUUAAGUUACUUGUUAUUCAGCAAAAGGCUUUAAAUCAACAGUAUUGUCUAGAUUGUCUAAAUUUCCAUGGAUUUCUAUGAGAUAUGUGAUACAUUCACUGUUGGAACUGGGUUUCGUAUAGCUAAUAUACAUUUCUGUUGCUAUUGAAAUUGUGCCUAAUAUGUUGUCCCACUUUUUCCACCAGACUGAAUUAGUUUGAACUCUGCCAAAUGGACUGUAAAUGGACUGAUUCUGUAAAUCCUUGUCAGAUUCUAAAUAAAUAUGAUUUCUACUUUA